GUUACUAUUUAUUGAGACCUGCAGUGGUCUAGGCAUUGUGCUGGGAGAUUUACAUAAAUUAUUCUAUUGUAUCCUUAAAACAACUCUGUAUUAUUACAGUUAUACAAAUGAGGAGAGGAGGGAUUGUAGAGGUUUAGUGACAGCUAAUAAAUGAGGGAGCCAUGAUUAAACCCAGAUUAGUCUCAAUUCCAAAGCCCAUGCUCUGUCCACUAUGCCUUCCUUUUUGCACAAAUAAUUUUCCUGUCCCCUCCAUUAAAUCAUGUCAUUGCUGUCUUAAAACACUGCUCAAAACUCAUUUCCACGAAGCCUUCCCAAAUUACCACCUUUCUGUUGUUACUUAAAACAUAUCAGAAACUUUCAACAUCAUGUUAACUUUCGACAUCAGGUUACUAUUUCUAUAUGGAUGAAAAAAAACCCCAAAAAACUUUAAACCCUGUUCACAUUUUCCUAUAAAUACAUUUGAAGAAAUUAGAGAUUAUGACCUUUUUUUAAAACAACUCUCCACAUUAAAGGUUCUUCAAGGUGUACACCUUAAAGGUAAAGCAAAACAGAAAAUCCUAAAACAGCCACUUCCUGAUAAUUCUCAAGAGGUUGCUACUGAGGACCACAACUACAGUUUAAAGAGACCUCUGACAAUUGGUGCAGAGAAACUGGCUGAGGUGCAACAGAUGCUACAAGUGUCCAAAAAAAGACUGGUUUCUGUGAAAAACUACAGGAUGAUCAAGAAGAGAAAGGGCUUACGACUAAUUGAUGCACUUGUCGAAGAGAAACUACUUUCUGAAGAAACAGAGUGUCUGCUACGAGCACAGUUUUCAGAUUUUAAGUGGGAAUUGUAUAACUGGAGAGAAACAGCUGAGUACUCCACAGAAAUGAAACAGUUUGCAUGUACACUCUACUUGUGCAGUAGCAAAGUCUAUGAUUAUGUAAGAAAGAUUCUCAAGCUGCCUCAUUCUUCCAUCCUCAGGACAUGGUUAUCCAAAUGCAAACCCAGUCCAGGCUUCAACAGCAACAUUUUUUCUUUUCUUCAGCGAAGAGUAGAGAACGGAGACCAGCUCUACCAGUAUUGUUCACUGAUAAUAAAAGGCAUAUCUCUCAAGCAACAACUUCAGUGGGACCCCAGCAGUCACCAUUUGCAAGGGUUUAUGGACUUUGGCCUCGGCAUACUUGAUGCUGAUGAAACGCCCCUUGCGUCCGAAACUAUUUUGUUAAUGGCCGUGGGUAUUUCUGGUCACUGGAGAACGCCUCUUGGUUAUUUUUUUGUUAACAGGGCAUCUGGAUAUUUGCAGGCUCAGCUGCUUCGUCUUACCAUUGGCAAACUAAGUGACAUAGGGAUCACGGUUUUGGCCGUCACCUCUGAUGCUACAGCUCACAGCGUUCAGAUGGCAAAAGCGUUGGGAAUACAUAUUGACGGAGACAACAUGAAGUGUACAUUUCAGCAUCCCUCAUCUUCUAGUCAACAGAUUGCAUACUUCUUUGAUUCUUGCCACUUGCUCAGAUUAAUAAGAAAUGCAUUUCAGAAUUUUCAAAGCAUUCAGUUUAUUAAUGGCACGGCACAUUGGCAGCACCUUGUGGACUUAGUAGCCCUGGGGGACCAGGAAUUAGCAAACAUAGAAAGACUCCCAAGAAAACUUGCAAAUUUGAAAAACCACGUGCUGAAGACGAACUGUGCUGCCCAACUGUUCAGUGAGAAUGUGGCCAGCGCGUUGGAGUGCUUGCUAUCGUUAGGCCUGCCUCCUUUUCAAAACUGUAUUGGUACCGUCCAUUUUUUACGCUUAAUUAACAACCUGUUUGACAUUUUUAAUAGUAGGAAUUGUUAUGGAAAGGGACUUAAAGGACCUCUACUGCCUGAAACUUAUAGUAAAAUUAAUCACGUGUUAAUUGAAGCCAAGACAAUCUUUGUUACAUUAUCUGACGCUAGCAGUAAUCAAAUAAUUAAAGGUAAGCGAAAACUAGGAUUCCUGGGAUUUUUGCUUAAUGCUGAGAGCCUAAAAUGGCUCUAUCAGAAUUACAUUUUCCCAAAGGUCAUGCCUUUUCCAUAUCUUCUGACUUAUAAAUUCAGUCAAGAUCAUCUGGAAUUAUUUCUCAAGAUGCUUAGACAGGUAUUAGUAACCGGUUCUAACCCUACCUGUAUGGCAUUCCAGAAAGCUUACCAUAAUUUGGAGACCAGAUACAGAUCACAAGACGAAGCCUUUCUAAGUGAAGUAAGCAUCCUUGACAUUUCAAUUGCUCGAAGGACAGACUUGGCCCUUUGGACCGUUCAGCGUCAGUAUGGCGUCAGCGGCAUAAAGACUCUUUUUCACAAAGAGGAUAUUUGCCGAGACUGGUCUAAUUGUUCGCUAAGUGAGGCGUUACUAGAUCUGUCAGAUCACAGGCAAAAACUCAUCUGUUGUGCCAGUUAUGUUGCAAAUAAGUUAUCAGCUCUUUUAACUUGUGAGGAGUGCAUCAGUGCACUGUAUGCAUCAGAUCUCAAGGUUGCUAAAAUUGGGUCACUGUUGUGUGUUAAAAAGAAGAAUGGUUUACAUUUCCCUUCACAAAGUCUUUGUCAAGUCAUAAAUAUUUGUGAGCGAGUUGUAAGAACCCAUUCAAGAAUGACAGUCUAUGAACUACUUCCUAAACAGAGAGAAUUGUAUCUUCAGCAGAAAAUAUUAUGUGAGCUUUCUGGGCAUAUUUAUCUUUUUGUAGAUUUAGAUGAGCAUCUCUUUGACGGAGAAGUGUGUGCCAUCAAUCACUUUGUAAAGUUACUAAAGGAUAUAAUAAUCUGUUUCUUAAAGAUCAGAGGUAAAGAUGCAGCUCAGUACCCUUUAAAACACCAUUCAGAAAGAAUUGAAAUGAAAACUUUGCCAAGAAUACACUGGUCAUCAUUACAGGAUUACAGAUGUUCAAGUUUUGCUAAUACCAAUAAAUGCAGGCAUUUGUUAAGUAAUGAUGGAUAUCCAUUCAAAUGAGGGACCUAAAAUAUCUUAAAAUUUUCAUGAAAAAUUAUUGGUCAACAUUUGAAGUUCAACCUACCAUAUUUUAUAAAUUGACCAUUCUGCACAUUUGACAAGUUUGUAAUACUAGGAUUUCUAAUUAUGCGUAUUAUAAAAUCUGCUUGUACUUGGUAUGGUUUGCAACAUUUCAGUUACUCGGAAUGUAGAACGCAGUUAAGUCAGUAGGAACAGACCAGCCAACAGAUGCUGCCUUUGAAUAUACUACUAUAAGACUGAGUAGUGUGACUGGACAUACUUUUUAACUUGUUCAGUCUACUUUAAAACAAGAGAGAAUAACAACAACUAAGAGUCAUUAAAACAUUGACUUCUUUUAUAAAUAGACUACAUUCCCUAAAAGAGCUUUGGUUUACAGCUCUUAAGAAUGUUGACAGGAAAAAAAAAAAAAAAAAGGAAUAUAAAACCUUGGAUGUAAUUUUUACUUACAUGUGAAAAUCUAGAUGUGGUUUGAAAAUUAGGCUGAGUUAAAAUAUCAAAUACCACAAAAUCCCUUUGCCAGGGUACCCUAAAAUGGGAAUACUUAGGCUUUAUCGGGCAGAAGGUAAGCACAUGUGCCAUGAGAUGGUUCCGUGUGCUGCAGCGAAGUUGGGGAAUGUACUCUGAGAAGUAAAUAGGGGAUCUCAUUUUCACAAUCCAUUGUCCUUGGACUUCAAAAUACUACUUUUGAAUAAUAGAGUGGAUACUUACUUGACUCCACUGGAAGAGCCCAAUGCUCAUCAGAGAAUGAGGAGAAGCCUUAUUUCAAGCUCUUCUGAAGUGUCCUUGUGUUUUGCAGGGAGGCUGAAAUAUAUUUUCAGUGUUGAAUGAAUAAAGGGACUUCACACCAUCCAAUUAAUAAAUAGAAAAAGAUGGGCAGUUGAGACAGUGGUUAUGAAAAUAUUUGUCUUAAUUAUAUGAUUAGUUUUUUCAGAAAUUUAGGAGAAGCUUAAAUGAUCUGAAGAUGGAAACAUACCUAAGGACAAUUUUCUCCAUUCUGUCACACCCAGACUUUGAAAAGAUGAGUAGAAAAACGUAGGUAUAUGUUGUACUUUCACAUAUGAGGAGUGUUUUAAAUGGAUAAAAGAAGAAACAAGCGCAUGAUUCCCCUAUGUGUGUAAAACAUCUACUCUUUGUAUGUGAAUAGUCAUGAAGUAUAAUUAAUAUGAAAACUUAAAAUUGCAAAAGAUUAAUGACUAGACAAAACUUGAGUUUUAUUAACUGAAAUUCUCCUUAAAUUAUAUAUUUUGAUAUAUUUGUUUUGUUCUACCUCAAACAAAGGCUUAAGUUUGGAGAUGUAACCAGAGUUGUACUAAAUUUUAUGUAAGAGCUAUCGCUGAGAAGUCUCAAUAGUGUGGGUUGUAUUUGCAAUAGAAUUUUAGAUACACCAGGAUGAAUCUUAUUUAAAAGAAUACUACUUGUAAAUCACCACCUUUAACUUAUUGCUUAUAUAAAUCCAAGUUUUGUCCAGAUCUUUACUUAAAACUAGGUUUGUAUCUGUAGGUGUCUCAUGUUCUUUGCUGUUGCAUUUUACUAAUGUACUAGUAUAUUCUGUAGUUUAAUUAGUGUUUUGCACUAUUUGAGUGCUGGAUAAAUUGGACAAAUAUUGACAA